CUGCCUGGAGUGAGGAGCUAGGCCAAGGCCUGUGGGACAGGAGCUGAUGGCUGAGAUUUUCUUCAGGCCCAGGCCUGCAGGAAUGCCAUCAGAGUGAACAAAGUCUUUCAGCCAUGCAGAAAGCCAGUUAUAAUACAGAUCAGGGACAACAUAAACAGUGGCAGUUCAAGCUCCCCUCACAUCCUUCCACCUGCUUGCCUCAAGACUGAUCCAAAGGACUACUUCUAGGGUGAACAGGUUUCAUUCCCCUUCACCAAUACUUCAAGGCACAGAGGAGUUGGUACAGGCAUUGCCAUGAAACCUAACUUGAAGCAAUGGAAACAACUAAUGCUGUUUGGGCUAUUUGCAUGGGGUCUCCUUUUCUUGGUGAUCUUCAUCUAUUUUACAGAUAGCAACACUGCUGAACCAGUUCCAAGUUCCUUCUCUUACAUUGAGACGAAGAGGCUCCUGCCCAUUCAGGGCAAGCAGAGAGUUAUUAUGGGAGCAAUACAUGAUCCAUCAUCCUCUGAAACCAUAGAUAGGAACGAGGUGCUUCUUAACGAAGAUCUCUUAGAUUCAUUUAAAUUGGGCACCGGAAGCAUUAAAAAGUGGAUUGAUCUAGAGGAUGGCUUUGAAAAUGAAGAAGAGUUUUUUCCUUCCCAGGUAGGGAGAAAAUCAAAAAAUGCCUUCUAUCAAGGGGAUGACAACUAUUUAUUUGCUGCUGGCCAGCCUCAGCGACACAGCAACAUUCAAGAGCUAGUGAAAUUCAUCUCUCCCAAUGAGGAUGAUCAGAAGGAAAAUGUUUUACAGGAAAAAUGGACCCAUGAGAAAAGAACAAAGAAAAGAAACCCGACACGCAGGAGAAGCCGACUGUUUGAUGAGUCUGAUGAUUGGGAUGGGUUAUAUUCUACAAUGUCAAAAUCCUUCCUUUAUAGGCUUUGGAAAGGGGAUGUCUCCUCCAAGAUGCUGAACCCUCGCCUGCAGAAAGCUAUGAAAGACUAUCUCAACACCAACAAGCAUGGGGUGCGGUUCAAAGGGAAACGAAACUCCAGACUGACAGGAGACCAGCUCAUCUGUGAGCUCAAGGACAGGGUGCAUGUGAAAACAAUAGAUGGCAAGGAGGCCCCCUUUUCAGCUCUUGGAUGGGAAAAGCACGUUCCUCAAAUUCCACUGGGCAGACUGUAUCCACAUGGCUUCGGAAGCUGUGCCGUAGUUAUGUCUGCUGGUGCAAUACUGAACUCUUCUCUAGGGGAUGAAAUAGAUUCUCAUGAUGCAGUUCUGAGAUUUAAUUCUGCUCCUACACGUGGCUAUGAAAAAGAUGUUGGAAAUAAAACGACCGUGCGCAUCAUUAACUCCCAGAUUCUCACCAAUCCAAACCAUCACUUCAUUGACAGCUCAUUAUAUAAAGAUGUUAUUUUAGUGGCCUGGGAUCCUGCUCCUUACUCUGCAAAUCUGAAUGUGUGGUAUAAGAAGCCAGACUAUAACCUGUUCACACCUUACGUGCAGCAUCGCAGGAAGAAUCCAAACCAGCCAUUUUACAUUCUCCAUCCCAAGUUUAUAUGGCAGCUCUGGGACAUCAUUCAGGAGAACACUAAAGAGAAGAUACAGCCCAACCCACCUUCAUCAGGUUUCAUUGGGAUCCUCAUCAUGAUGUCCAUGUGUAACGAAGUGCACGUGUAUGAAUACAUCCCUUCAGUCCGACAAACCGACCUUUGUCACUACCAUGAACUAUACUAUGAUGCAGCUUGUACCUUAGGGGCUUACCAUCCACUACUGUAUGAGAAACUGCUGGUGCAGAGGAUGAACAAAGGUUUGCAGGAUGAUCUGUAUCGGAAGGGGAAAGUAAUCUUGCCAGGGUUCAGGUCUGUAAAGUGCCUGGCACAGAAUCACUUCCCACACUUGUAAAAGUGAAUCGUUCAGAAACAAUGUGCAAUAAGGUACUACUGUUGUACUAUAAACAACAAAGGAAUACUUGAAAAUGUAUCUUAGACCAACCUAGUCUUGAGUCUAUAAACUGUAAUUAAGUAGCAGGCAUGAGCGUUUCUUCCUUCCUAAGCCUGAGUAUGUAUAACUGCUUUGCAAAUAGUUAAAGAAAAAAAGCUUCGCUCAUGAAAGGUGCAAAGGCACUGUUAAGUAGAAAUACAAUGUAUUAUUGUGGGCAUGACCUGUCAGAAAACAUCAGAGGUACAGGUGCCACAUGUACUAGAUGCCAAACUUUAAAACAAAACAAACAAACAAACAAAAACUUAACACAGAGCUCUCUGCUGAGAGAUGGAUGAUUUCUCAUCAUACCACAGGAUUUUCACAUUCCUCCACCCCCAAAAUAAAAUAAUCAUGGUUUUGAACUGGGCACGCUAUGAGUAUAAUGGGCCUGAUUCUCAUUUAUACAAAGGUCCCUUUACUCCAUUCUGACAAGUUAAAUGGACUUUAAAGUGAAUGUAAAUUACCAAUGUAAAGGGACCUUCCUAAAUGAGAAUCAGGCCCAAUAGCUAGUCAUUGUAUUAAGGUAGUUUCUGCAGCCAGAAAUUAACAAGUGAUAUUUACUCACUUUUAAAUGGUAAUUACUGUACACACAGCCAGGUUAUUUAAAUAAAGAUAGUAUGAUGCACAUAUCUGUCAUGGUCCAUGCAGAUGCUGCAUUCAGGCAAAGGGUGAAGAGAAGAGAAUCUUCUCCUUCAGAAAGCACUCAUUCUGCCCUAUUCAGCUUGAGCAGAAGACCAGCAAACAGGCAUAAGUGAGACUGAAAUGGUGCAUGGGCUUUCUGCCUGGGGGCAGUUUCCCCCUCUGUGCACAUAUGUAGAUAUAUACUCCAGGGGAAUGGAGACAAUGUGCUCUGCUUGCACACAUACAUUUGAAAGCAAGUUGUAAAAAACAGAUUUCUUACAAGGACAUUCAAAAAAUGUAGGCCUGCCUUUUCCAAGGAAAUAAGCAUUUUGGAUGGGGAGCUUUCAGAAAUUAGUUGUUUGCCUAUUUUGUUGUAAGCCAAGUUAAAUUAAUUUAUUAUUGCUUUUUUUUAAAAGCAUGGCAUUUUGUUUUUUGUUUUUGUGAGGAAAAACAGGAUGUCAGUAUUUUUUAAUUCAAAAUUAUGAAGUCUAUAUCCUGGAGACAUUGUAAAGCCUUCAACAAUCUUACUAUGGCUUACACACCGAGACAAUCUCAUAAUUUCAUUGUAAAAACACAGCAUGGAUAUUCUCUAAACCACUUCUAAAAUCCACCUGGAUGUUAAUGCAUUUAAAAUAUAUUUUCUCUGACAAGAGUUCAGUUUCAGGCUGGAGGUAGGUUAAUGUUCUUGUUUGCUUUUUAAAAUUUGGUUUUGCAGUGAGCAAAAUUCAGCAGGAGUGAUUACGUACAAGAAAUCAUACAUAUCCUAUCCAUAUCCAUUCAGCAAAAAGGUGAUUGGCUGGUAGAAACACUGUUAUUAAAACAGUGGAGGGGAAAAGCAUAUUUCGCUAUUGGCUACUGAGAGAUAGCUGGCGAUGGAGAAAACCAUGUUAAUGUAUUUUCUGUCAUCUUUUUUAAAAAUCAGUGAUUUUCAAUCUUUCUUUCUUUUUUGGAUCCCCUAAAAAAUUUCAACUGGAGGUGUGGACUCCUUUGGAAAUCUUAGACAUAGUCUGUGGACCCCCAGGGGUCCAUCCACCACAGGUUGAAAACCACUGAUACAAAAUUCUUCUGAUUUAUAUUUAUAAUUCUCCCAUCCAACCUUUCCUGCUGUUUUUCCCCCCAUAAGAGCAGAAUUAGUUUACUGCACACACUUAGCCGUCUUUUUGCAAGUUGUCAUUAUCUUGGGCUUUGCAGUCCUUCUAAAAUUCUUCCUACCUGACAGCAAGUGUGUUCAUGUGACCCAGAUACCUAUCCAAUCAACACAAGGCUAUGUUCAUAAAGCAUUUUUUCAUACUGUCAAAUGGACAGCUUUCAUUAAUUUCAGCCUUAGUAUCUGGAUGCAUUACAUACUGAUUUUGGAAAACACAUUAUAAUAAUAUUUUUAUGUCUGUUUUUGUUCUUAACAGUAUCCAGUCUUAGUAGUGCUAUAUAACCUCCAAGGAAAAAAAUACUUUUCCCAUAUAUUUGUUUCACUUCGUUCACCUUUGUGAAACACAUUAAAUAGGAUUUUUUCUGCAUGGGCAGAGUGGCACUUUCUCAUAGUGAUCUUAGUAUCAGAUCAGGGUUUCCCAUGUCCCAAGUUCAAAUUGGAUUAGCUUCCACACCUUUCAAUAAAUGGAGCUGAUCAUAUUUCCAGUACAAAUGAGUAAGUCACUGUGCCAUAUGCAGAAGUAUCUCAGACUCCACAAAAUAGCAUGCCAGUUUCCCACUCAUUUGCCCAUGCGAAACUUAAACUCUUGUUUCCAUCAGGAAUGAAAAAAAGCUAACCAGCAAUACUCACAAUUGUCCACAACAAUAGGAUUGCAUUGUAUUACACUCUAGACAGUCUGUCGUCACGGUGCAGCUUGUACGCAGCCCUAAGGACUCUAAAGAUUCCCGUAAAGAAAAGUGUGAGACAGCGUUCUUAGCACUCCUGUUUAAAUGAAGUGCUACCUUUUAAAAUUCUCACACAAAACUGGGUACACAUUCAUAAAAUGUAUUUUAUACUUUAAUCUUACAUGCACAUCCUUUUUUGGGUAGUAAUAGCGUGCACUCGAGGCACCUGAGCAGAAAAUCUUUCUUGGCCAAGUGCAAAUGCCAAGAAACAUUCACCUUUCCCUAGAUUAUAUAAUUAUUUAAAUUGGUGUGGCUCUUUCAUACACCACGUCAUCUGUCCUAAUUCUAUCCCUGUGUAUAUUUUAAUUCACCAGCCCUAUGGGUGUUAUGUCUUCAUGCCCUAGCUUAGCUGUGCUAAGUGCACCAGCCUCUUCCCCAAAAGGAGGCCAGCUUCAACUCUGUGAAGCACAGGGUCUCAAUCAUCCCAAGGAGGGAGGGCCUUAAGAUGGCUUCCAAAUCCUCAUUUCCCCUGUGAUAUUUCAUUGUUCUACAAACAAAGGCAUCUUGACAAUUUAAGAUUUUUCUCCUCCCACUCCUUCUAUCUUCUUUAAAAAAAAAAAAAUUCAGUACAAGUUCAGCCGAGUCUGAUUUGCUAACUGAGAAUUCAACUGCAAUUUUAAUUCUCAACGACAGGAGGCCAGCAGGGGGAAGCAAAGGGCAGCAUGAAGAGAACUAUAGAACUGCUGCUUUCACCAGCCUUCCCUCCCUGCAUGGUGUCUCCCUCCUGAGCUUUGAUAUUCUUUGCUUUUAUGGGAGGCCACUGAGGUUUUUUUGUGUGUUGUUGUUGUUUUUCUAAACUUUUGAGAGUAGAAAUCGUGUAUCAAAAAUUCAUACAAAUCAGUUGCGUUUAAAAGAGUGAAUGAAUGUGUAUUAGGUGUUCAAUAGACAUCUGGAUAGCUUUUUAAUAAUGGUAACUGGUGACUGAUGUUUUAUAUAUACAUAAGUGACGUGGAAUACAUUUCCCCAUCCAAAUCGUUCAUCAAUAUUUUAGGGUGCGAUCUUGUCACCCUUGUAUGUAUGUAUGUAACUCACACUUGAAGUGAGUGGGAGAUUUGCCUGGGCAAGGCCUACACGCUCCUGAAAGAUAACACACGUGACGCAAAUGCUCAAGUUAUGCCUCUAGAGUUACAAAAGCCGAGUUGCUGUGCACUGAUGGUGUAUGAUUAAGAGGUGAGACGGUUGCACUUAGGAAAAAAAACACCCACAAAGCUUGGGUAAAUCUGCUGAAUUUAUGUUAAUUUUUGGUUUGCUGUGUUUUCCACUGUGAAUUAUGCAGCUUUUUCAACAUGUGGUGACUAUAGUGCUUUAUGCAUGACGCCUUUAGAUGGUUAAAUCAAGGUAUUCUUCUGUUAAUUCCAGAGAAAUUAUGAAAGUUUUGACUCAUUUUGAGCCACACGUUUUUAAGGGGGAAAAUGCUUCUGAUAUUCCAUUCUGUCUGUGGCUCCAACGCUUCCCUGGCCCUCAUUCUCCACACGGUUACACUGUUAAGUGCCAGUGUAACUGUUACAUUGGUGUAACUUCACUAACAGAUUUGUUUGUUACAUUGUUAAUUAUAUUGAUCUACACACAUGGGGAUGGUCUACAUGCUAAGUUCAAAUAUUUAGUUAAAUCAGUGGAACCUACUGGUGUUGACAUUCUUUUGUUUUAGAUUAAGAAUUCCUUCUUGAUUCUGUUUGCAUCAAUUUCUUGCCAAAUGAAGCAAAAUUGAAAUAGUUCAUUUUUAACCGUGAGUGCCACGUUAAGAGGUUACACAGAUCUAACUCAAUCUGUUUAGGAACAGUUUGAAUUAAAUGGGGGUGCUUAAAUUGUGUCUAGACAAGGCCGUACAUGGUUGCUUUUGUGUUGGUCUCCCUCUUCAGUAAUGCUCUCAUAAACCGGGAAAUGCUAUUCAGACACUGAUACAAACUUAUGAUGAAAGUAAUGUUAAAUGCGUUUUCUGUGAAAGUGUCACUUUGAGUUCUUUCCCUUCGUCUACAAUCCAUAGAUAUGCUAGAUUGUUUUUUGAAGCAGACUGUGAAAUGUCACUAGAGAACAUAUACAGAUUUCCUGAACGCUAUCCUCUCCAGUGCGAAGAGGAUACCUGAUUUAACUGUUUGAACUUUAAAGUAGCCCAUGUCUGGGCAUGCCUCUCACAGGCUUAUUUAAUUAAAUGAAUUUUGACACUCUGAAUUUCUUCUCUUCAACUUGAAAUAUCAGCUAUGUAAAAGUCUUACAUGUAGCCAUAUCAUCUCAUCCUCUGUGAAAUGUAGUCAUUGAACUAUUCAAAUAUGGAAAACUGUGUACUUUUUUAAUAGCUUUGAGAAUUAUUUUGUAUGAUGAUUUUUUUUAAAUGAAUGUGUACUCUUCAACAAAUUAAAUCUUGAGAUUUUA